AGCCGACUAGGGAGAGGGGGCCUGAAAGGGAGAAAGGAUGGAAGAGUCAGGGGGAGGAGAGAUGGAAACCCCGUGAGUUGGGGAUGGGGUGUGUACAGGGAAUCCUGGAUAGAAAAUUCAUGCAGCUUCCCCAGUUCCCUUCCUUGCCCUUUGGCCCCACCUGACUCUUGGGAGUUGUGGCUGGGAGAAGGUGGUUUAUUGCCCUUCUUCCCCCAGCAGAAUUUGCUUCAUAGGAAUCCCCCUAGACAGGCUGUUUCCAUCCAGGCACAGGUCCUCUUGUUUUUCAGUGGCCUUCAGCACUGCUAGACCCUUACUGACACUCAGAUGCCUUGUGGGGGGCCAUGUUUUCUAUGUUGAAUCUGUGUACCUUUGAUAUAAUUAAUGGCUUGUGUGCAGUUAGGCUGUGCAAUGCUGUCCAUGGGCUGUGGAGAAAUAGCAUGUUAUUUUCCACCAGAAUUGCCCGUUCUCAUAUCUUAUGUCCAUGUCUCACAUCUGUCUUGACAUAUUCAAGUGUGUGAGUUUUCAUGUACAUAUUGCACCUAUUGUUGAUUUCAUGUUUCUUGCACAUGUUAUUUUUCUGCACGUUUACUUGAGCAUAUAGAGAUUAUACCGUGGUUUCUUGGGCUCACGUGCUUUGUCCACAGCCCCACCACAUGCAGCAGUCUUCAUGUGUGGAACCCAUGGCCUAACUCGCACACGCCCCUUUCGUAAGCUGCAUAUGUUUUUCCAGUCAGGGUUCACUCUGCACAUAUGUGUGCCCCUUCUCAUGAUAUGCUAAUAUGCCAUGUCCAAAGCAUGUUUGCUUAUGGCUGCACAUACUGUCCAUUAAUUUUAUUGGCAGUAUAUAUACCUUGGGAGUCACAUGCUCGUUAACUCAUUUGGCACUCCAGUGUGUUUAUACAUUCUUAGAUAUUUCUUCUCCAGAGAGGACACCUAAUGUUACAUAUCAGAGAGGGUAAUGGGGGCUCCACCUCCCCAAAGAACCUAGCCUUACCUUGCUGAUCUCUCUGGCCUGUGUCCCUUCCCACACAUUCUCCCUCUCGUGGCUGUGUACAGCCUGAGACUGUGGAGCUCAGUGCAUGCCAUAGGGUCAGCCCUGCCAUGCACUGAGCUGUCCCUGAGUCUGCACUGUUGGCACGUAUUGGAUGGCACCAGCGUCUUUCCCCACGGCGCAUUAACCCCCAUUCUGUGUGUUUCUCUUGUGUAGACGGUGAUAUGUACCAUCUUGAUUGUUGUCACUGUGCUUUCACUGUGGCCAGUAUCAAAUGCAUAUAUUGAGGGUAGGUUACUGUUCGGCUUGAUGUGUUCACUGCUUUCUCAGGGACUUUUCUUUUCAUAGUUAGUAGUCCUCAAGGGGGUAGCUAUCCUGUGUUCAGAACCGUCAUUUCUGUCAUUAAUUAUGCUUGCGUGGGUAUGUAUACAGCCUUUUGAUCUGUUCAGCAAAUGUUAAUGAGCCCUUCUCUGCCUCCUCCUGCCAUGAGCAUUGGGGAUAAGACAGAGUCCCUGUUUUCAAGCUGCUUAUAGACUGGAGAGGGAAACAAAAAUGACAGUGAGCAGUUAUACACAGUGGUGUCAGCAUCAGUGGUUCUCAUACUCACCUGGAAGCCUUGUUAAAAUACAGUCUAAUGGGCCCAGCACCCAAAAUUUCAGAUCCAGGAGCUCUGGGGUGAGGUCCAAGAAAUUGCACUUCCACACUUUGAGAACCAGUAAUUAAGAUAAAAGUGUAAUGAAAAAUCAGGCCUGGAGGGAUUCAGGAAGACCUCUAAAAUGUGACCCUGAGCUAAGUGAGGCAGUGGAAGGAGGUGAAAGGGCAUUCCAGCCCAAAAGAACAAAACGUUUGUGGCACAGAACCUGGAAAGAUCAGGGUGUGUCUUAGGAACUGAAGUAGACCUGUUUGGGGUAAAGAGGCAUUUGUGGGCAUGUGGCUGAAGAUAUAAGCAGAAGUCCACUUGUCAAGAAGGGCCUUUAGACAAGACAGGAGUUAUGCCCAGAUCUGUCUGGUUGCCAUGUGGAGGAGGAGUUGGAGGGGAAGAGUUAGGAGCCUGUUACAAACAGUCCAGGGGAGAAACACUGCUCCACGCCCUCAGGGGCAGUGGGAUGGGCAGCUCUAGAGGCAAGCAUCUCAGAGCAGGCAGACACUCCUUCCUCUGUUACCUGUUACCUUUGCUCUUGGCAGUGGGCUUACCUUCGAGCACAGGCUUUCUUGGUUUUGGAAAGGUGUGUCUUUGGCCUUGAUAUUAUUUGCCUGAACAACGUUUUUGUGAAUUGUGCCCCUAGCCCCAGAAGUGGGGCAGCAGAGUGGAGGAAGAAGGAAGAGUCUAGAAGGCAGAUUCUGGGUACCUGCCCAUCUUCCUCCUGAGUUCUUUCCUCUCCCAGGGCAGGUGGCAUGAUAUCCCUUUUAAUCUCUGCCCUCUUUUUUUCACUUGGCGAGGCCAUACCCUCUGUAUCUGCCUGACCAAACUGCCUCUGGUGUCGCUGGAAGGGAGGGAAGGAGUGGUGGGAUUCCCUUGCCUAUCUGUGGAGGCAGGAUUGAUAGAUGUAGUUACUCCUGGCGGCAGUGUGACUGAGUGGCUAGGGGCACAAGCUGCUUAGGUGGAAACUGCAAGGUGCCUCUGAGGAGCCAUAUCACCUCAGAUAUCGGGAGCCUUCAGAGAGAGGUGUGGGAGACCAGUCCGGAGCCCCCCACUGCCUCCAUCCUAGAGAGGCUUCCUGGGUGACCAGAAUGGAGCUGUGGCCAGGGGCAUGGACAGUGCUGCUGCUGCUCUGCCUGUUGCUGCUCUUCCUGCUUCCCACCCUGUGGUUCUGUAGCCCCAGUGCCAAGUACUUCUUCAAGAUGGCCUUCUACAACGGCUGGAUCCUCUUCCUGGCCGUGCUCGCCAUCCCUGUGUGUGCUGUGCGAGGACGCAAUGUCGAGAACAUGAAGAUCUUGCGUCUGAUGCUGCUGCACAUCAAAUACCUGUAUGGGAUACGAGUGGAAGUGCGAGGGGCUCACCACUUCCCUCCCUCACAGCCCUACGUUGUCGUCUCCAACCACCAGAGCUCCCUCGACCUGCUUGGAAUGAUGGAGGUACUGCCUGGCCGAUGUGUACCCAUUGCCAAGCGGGAGCUAUUGUGGGCCGGCUCUGCUGGGCUGGCUUGCUGGCUGGCUGGAGUCAUCUUCAUUGACCGGAAGCGUACUGGGGAUGCCAUCAGUGUCAUGUCUGAGGUCGCCCAGACCCUGCUCACCCAGGACGUGCGGGUCUGGGUUUUUCCUGAGGGCACAAGAAACCACAAUGGCUCCAUGCUACCUUUCAAACGUGGUGCCUUCCACCUUGCAGUGCAGGCCCAGGUUCCCAUUGUCCCCAUCGUCAUGUCCUCCUAUCAAGACUUCUACUGCAAAAAGGAGCGUCGCUUCACUUCAGGGCGAUGUCAGGUGCGAGUGCUGCCCCCAGUGCCCACAGAAGGGCUGACACCAGAUGACGUCCCAGCUCUGGCUGACACAGUCCGGCACUCCAUGCUCACUGUUUUCCGGGAAAUCUCCACUGACGGCAGGGGUGGUGGUGACUAUCUGAAGAAGCCUGGAGGAGUGGGCGAGGCCCAGUUCUGAGCUCCCCUCCCAUCUACCCCACUUUCCUCCACACCUCCCAGCCCAGUGGGUUCUGAAGCAGGGCCAGACCCUCUUCGUUUCCCCUCUCCCUACUCCAUGUCCUCUUUGGAAGCUUCAGCUUCUGAAGUGAGUAUCUCUGCCCACCCCAGCUCUCCCCAUGGACUCUCUUGCCUUGGUGCAGUCUCCACUCUGACCCCUACCCACCUCCUGUGCCAUCGUGUCUAUGAGACAGUUGCCUCCCCUUCAUCUCUUCAGUAGCUCAGCCUACCCAUGGGUGGGAGCACUCCAUUCUGUCCCCACUGGACUAUCUUCCUUUGUGGUCUUCUCUCCCUCUCCACCCCAAAUUGACCAGUGGAUUCAUCCAUUCUGUGGGACAGUUUCCCACCCCACGUCCAUGGAUUCAGUGGAUGCAUCUGUUUGUGAGGAGGACUCCUCAUGCUGUGCCUGGAAGCUGGUGCCUGGAACACUCGUCCCAGGCUCCUCCUGGGAAUACUCCUCAGCACCUCACCCUCCUUCCCUGUGGAGCCUCCUUUCAGUGGAGGCUACACUCCUCACUCAGAGUUCUCAUCCCUGCCGUGCCCAGGUGCCCAGGAGUGAGCAACCUUCUGGAAGCCAGUUUGGUCUUUACAUUUCUGCUCCCCUGUCCCCAUGGUACAUUUCUUCUGUGGCCCUGGCCCCACCCAUCCUCCUGCAGCCCUGCUAUACCAUUCUAACCACACAAGGGGCAAGAGGCAGGCAGCAAGUACUGUACUCACUGCUCCCUGGAGGGCUGGGGGGAAAGCACUGAACCCUGGCUGAAGGGGAUGGCUUUUAAUUUAUUUCUUUCUUUUGAGGUUUCCCCCUCUGAGCCAGUUUUCAUUUCCUGCCUGUGGCAUUAGCCGCUCCCUGCCUCCUAUGCCAGACCUAUGCCCACAACAGGGAAGGGCUGGGAGCAAAAGGAGAAGGUGGGAUUUAGUUUUAUGUAAUUGGUUUUUAUUAAUUAUCUGGAUAAUAGCAAGGAACCAGAAUAAAGAUUGAGAGAUCUGGA